CCAAUAUUUUAUCUUUCACUUUCCAGCCCAGGAUGUGAGCAAGAAUUUCCUGCAGCUCCUCUUAGAAAGAUUCCUUUGGGCAGAUCAGGCCCCUGGAUUGGGAUCUGUGAGCAAGAGGAACCUCAGCGGCCAGGACAGGCAAGAGCAGUGGAGCAGCGACUAUGGCUUUUAGAAUCCUGGUGAAUAUAAAGGAGGAGGUGACCUGCCCCAUCUGCCUAGAACUCCUGACAGAACCUCUGAGCCUAGACUGUGGCCAUAGCUUCUGCCAAGCAUGCAUCACUGCAAACCACAAAAAGUCUAUGCCACACCAAGGAGAGAGAAGCUGCCCUUCGUGCCGGAUCAGUUACCAGUCUGAGAGCCUGCGGCCUAAUCGGCAUUUGGCCAGCAUAGUGGAGAGGCUCAGGGAGGUCGUGCUGAGCACAGAGGAUGGGCAGAAGGUUGAUCACUGUGCACGCCAUGGAGAGAAACUUCUACUCUUCUGUGAACAGGAUGGAAAUGUCAUUUGCUGGCUUUGCGAGCGGUCUCAAGAACACUGUGGUCACCACACAUUCCUCGCGGAGGAGGUUGCACAGAAAUACCGAGAAAAGCUCCAGGUAGCUCUGGAGAUGAUGAGGCAGAAGCAGCAGGAUGCUGAAAAGUUGGAAGCUGAUGUCAGAAAAGAGCAAGCUUCCUGGAAGAUUCAAAUACAAAAUGACAAAACCAACAUCAUGGCAGUGUUUAAGCAACUGAGAGACAUCCUGGACUGUGAGGAGAACAAUGAGCUGCAAAACCUGGAGAAGGAGGAGAAAAACAUUCUGAAAAGAUUUGUACAGUCUGAAAAUGACAUGGUGCUGCAGACCCAGUCCGUGAGAGUGCUCAUCUCAGAUCUGGAGCAUCGCCUGCAGGGGUCAGUGAUGGAGCUGUUACAGGGUGUGAAUGAUGUCAUAAAAAGGAUUGAGAAAGUGACUUUGCAGAAGCCAGAAAUCUUUCUUAAUGAAAAACGGAGAGUAUUUGGAGCUCCUAAUCUGAAAGGAAUGCUACAAGUGUUUAAAGAGCUGACAGAAGUCCAACGCUACUGGGCUCAUGUGACACUGGUUUCAAGUCACCCUUCAUGUACUGUCAUUUCUGAAGAUGGGAGACAAGUGAGAUGUCAGGAACAGAUACAUCACCCAUUUCUGAAAGUCAAGCACUUUAAUGGUGUCCUGGGCUCCCCAAGCAUCACAUCAGGGAAACAUUACUGGGAGGUAGACGUGUCCAAUAAAAGGGCUUGGAUCCUGGGAGUAUGUGUUAGCUUGAAACGCACUACACAUCGGAAUUUUCCAGGAACUGAAAAUUAUCAACCUAAAAAUGGCUACUGGGUUAUAGGGUUACAGAAUGAAGAUAACUAUAGUGCUUUCCAGGAUUCAGUUAAAUAUAGUGAUUUCCAGGACGGUUCCCACUCUACUCCUUCUGCUCCUUUGAUCGUGCCCCUCUUUAUGACUGUUUGUCCUAAUCGUGUUGGAGUUUUCCUAGACUAUGAGGCUUGCACUGUCUCAUUCUUCAAUGUCACAAACAAUGGCUUUCUCAUCUAUAAGUUUUCUAACUGUGGUUUUUCUUGUCCUGUAUUUCCAUAUUUCAAUCCUAUGACAUGUGAAUUACCCAUGACUCUGUGCUCACCAGGGUCUUGAACCGUCUUACACACUGAGCCGCUUCUGUACAGCACCUUUUACCCAGGUGCAUCUCAUACACCUGAACUCAUUUGCACCAUAUUAACCAUCUUUUUCUUGUUGUCUCCCUUCUCCCUUUU